GGAAACCAACGUUCUGCUUUGUGAAUCUGGGGGCAGAGGAAAGUAGGAGUUGAAGUUACGGAUCUUCUCACAGUGGAAGAGACAAGAAGAAACCCUUCUCAAGAGGACAUGUGGUUGGAAAUCAUCAACUAUUGAAGUGUUGGCUCCAGUCUCUAACAUUGUGGAAAAACACAACGAGCAUUUUCUCCACCCUGUUAAGGUGCACCAUUGAUCCUUCAUCAUGUCUGAUGGAGACUAUGAUUACCUCAUCAAGUUUUUAGCUUUGGGAGACUCUGGAGUAGGAAAGACCAGUGUGCUUUACCAGUAUACAGAUGGAAAAUUCAAUUCCAAAUUCAUCACGACAGUGGGCAUUGACUUCAGGGAAAAGAGAGUGGUCUACAGGGCCAAUGGGCCUGAUGGAGCGGUUGGCAGAGGCCAGAGAAUCCACCUGCAGUUAUGGGACACAGCCGGGCAGGAGAGGUUCCGUAGCCUGACUACAGCCUUCUUCAGAGACGCCAUGGGUUUUCUUCUGCUUUUUGAUUUGACAAAUGAGCAAAGUUUCCUCAAUGUCAGAAACUGGAUAAGUCAGCUGCAAAUGCACGCGUACUGUGAAAACCCAGAUAUAGUGUUGUGUGGAAAUAAGAGUGAUCUGGAAGACCAGAGGGUAGUGAAAGAGGACGAGGCCCGAGGGCUUGCAGAGAAAUACGGAAUCCCUUACUUUGAAACGAGUGCUGCCAACGGGACAAACAUAAGCCAAGCAAUUGAGAUGCUCCUGGACCUGAUAAUGAAGCGAAUGGAACGGUGUGUGGACAAGUCCUGGAUUCCUGAAGGAGUGGUGCGCUCCAACGGUCAUACCGCCACAGACCAGCUAAACGAAGAGAAGGAGAAGGGGUCAUGUAGCUGUUGAAGCGUCAAGUGCACACCACACCAAUUCCCAUGGCCCCUGUCAGGCCCAUCUCAGUAGCUGAUACAGGGCACAGUGAGAGAUUGAUAGGCAUUGGGUACAAACUGCUUCUCACCAACCCCACUAAACUGUCUCUUUGACGACUAGUUGGAAAGUGAAUUUGCCGCAACUUUUCAAUAUUUCUUUAACAUUCGUACUGAGAGUUGUGAGAAAUAUUUCGCAGAGUCAAAGUGCCUUAGCAAACCUUAGCCCCUGGCAUUAGAUCAUUCAAGGGUUCAGAAUUUUGUUGUCACAAGUUAUAUUUAUGAUAAAGAAAAGUCUACAGAUAUCAUCACUUGCCUUAAUGUACAUAUCCCAUUUAAAAUCUUAGAUGCUAUUAUAAAAUCUUCACAGCCUUGAUGAUUCUAGAGUUGAAAUCAUUGGUGACCUUCUAAACUCCCAUACAAACCACUUAAAUUUUAGGGAAAAAUAUACUCACAGAUCUGUUCAGUGUCUUUCUUACUGUCAGCGUUUCUUUUUAUAUGAAUAUAGGAGGAAUUGAGGUCAUGUCUACACAUCCUGAGCAAAGUGGACUGAGCAAUUGUGUGCUCACUGUGCCUUGUAUGUUGGUGGCAAAGGGAUUGGGGGUGUUCUGGGGGCAACCUAAUGUAGUAUAUGCAAUUGCCAAGGCACUCCUGGCUCCCUGCUUUAUUCCCACUGCUGAAAAGGUGAUUGAAGAGCCAGGGAACAGGACUCUAUGGCUUCAGUUAACUGGGAUUCAUUUAUUUGUGCUUGGCCUGUGUGCUGGCCAUGUCUGAACAUAGCUGGUGCUUAUGCUGAAGUUCUUUGUGUUAAGUGAACAUGCAGAUCUUUUUUCUCAUAUUUCUGGUAUGGGUCUGGC